CAAUAAUGGCGGACGUUAAGCAGACGGAUCAGUGAUGUUUGUAUUGAAUUAACAGCAGUUUGACAUCUAAUGAAACCCAUGGAAUUGGCAAAGUCAGUAUUUGGUUCAAGAAAUCCAGACGGUUAUAGCAGCAAAGCUACAACAGUUGAGACAUUGUCUGAAGAUGAGGACGAUUUGGUGGCUGGUCAUGGAGAGAAUAUUGCUGUCUCCUCCAGUCAGUACAAUACAACAUCAGACUUUGUGCCUACUCCCGGGGGGCCAUUUUCAGCACUGACUCCUUCAAUGUGGCCUGAGGACAUUCUUGCUAAGUUAGGAAAUCCACCAGAAGAUCCAAAUGGUCAACUUGAUUACAGAUAUGAUGAAUUUGGUUUUAAAGUAGAGGAAGAGGAUGGACCUGAAGAGAAUUCUAGUAAACUCUUAAGCACCCCUUUUGUGGAGGACCCUCAGCAUCGGUUGAAGUGGACAGCUUACCUAGAAUUCACACACAACAAUGAAGUGGGAGAUCUGACUUGGGAUAAGGUUGAACCAAGGCUCCCGAGAUCUGAGAAAUUACGGGGCAUGGUGAAGCAGGGAAUUCCUCAUUCUCUUCGGCCACAUAUCUGGAUGAGACUAUCUGGUGGGAUGGAGAAAAAAAUCAAAUCUGAUCUUACAUACAAAGACAUUGUCAAAGCCAGCUCAAAUGAUUUACUAAUGACAUCUAAACAAAUUGAAAAGGACCUAUUGAGAACAAUGCCAAGCAAUGCUUGUUUCUGUAAUAUCCACGGGACUGGUGUUCCAAGACUUAGACGGAUACUUAGGGGUCUGGCCUGGCUAUAUCCAGACAUUGGCUACUGUCAGGGGACUGGAGUAAUAGCUGGAUCAUUGUUGCUAUUUAUGGAAGAGGAAGACACAUUCUGGAUGAUGUGUGCCAUCAUUGAGGACCUGCUGCCUGCCUCAUACUACUCCAGUACAUUGAUUGGUAUUCAGGCAGACCAGAGGGUGAUGCGACAUUUGAUUAUUAGCUACUUACCUGACAUAGAUCUGGUUCUGAAGGAACACGAUAUUGAGCUCUCCCUCAUCAGCCUGCACUGGUUUCUCACUCUGUUUGCCAGUGUCGUUCAUAUGAAGGUGCUCUUAAGGAUCUGGGAUUUAUUUUUCUAUGAGGGCUCCACUGUUCUAUUCCAAAUCACUAUGGGCAUGCUCAAAAUGAAGGAGGAUGAGUUGCGUACCCUGGAUAACUCUGCACAGAUUUUUAACUCCCUGUCUGAUGUUCCUGGUGAUGUACAGGAUGUAGAGGAACUCAUUGAGGUUUCAUACCGGGUGGCUGGUUCACUAACAGACAUGGUGAUAGAAUCUCAAAGAAGGAAACAUUUGGCCUACCUAAUGGCUGAUCAAGGUGCAAUAGUCAAUCCUGAUUCUGCAAAAAACCUGCCAAAACAACAAUUAAACAAAAGGCAUUUGAAAAGGUCUCGCUCCCUUGUUUCAACAUUACUUUGGGGCGAAACUGAAGAUGAUGGUUUCGGUAAAGCUAAAAAUGUUCGCCAAACUGAGAUUCUGGUUGACUUAAGAGAGGCAAUAUUGAAAAUAGCUCGUCAUUUUCAAUCACUGGAUCCAAAGAAUAAUAAAGUGGUAUUGACAGCAGAUUAUGCCAUGGAAAGUCAUGCUAAAGAUCUAGAAAACUAUGUCAAUGUAGCAAGGAACAAAAGAAGAAGGGCCAAGGCAUUGCUGGACUUUGAACGUCAUGAUGAUGAUGAACUUGGCUUCAGGAAAAAUGACAUCAUCACAAUAAUAUCUCAGAAGGAUGAACAUUGUUGGGUUGGAGAGCUAAAUGGAUUAAGGGGCUGGUUUCCUGCUAAGUUUGUGGAGUUACUGGAUGAGAGGAGUAAACAUUACAGCUCGGCAGGAGAUGACAGCGUUACAGAGACCAUCACAGAUCUAGUCAGGGGAACACUGUGCCCUGCAUUGAAAGCUGUGUUUGAGCAUGGAUUAAAGAGGUCAUCUAUUCUGGGUUCUGUGUGCCAUCCUUGGCUUUUUUUAGAGGAGGCAGCAACAAAAGAAGUAGAGAAGGACUUCCAGUCAGUGUAUUCCAGAUUGGUGUUGUGCAAAACAUACAGACUUGAUGAAGAUGGCAAAGUACUAACUCCAGAAGAGAUUCUCUACAGGGCAGUCCAUGCAGUGAAUGUGUCGCACGAUGCCUGCCAUGCCCAGAUGGAUGUGAAGUUUAGAUCACUUAUUUGUUGUGGCCUUAAUGAGCAGGUGCUACAUCUCUGGCUGGAGACUCUGUGUUCCUGUAUGGAUGCUGUGGAGAAGUGGUAUCAUCCCUGGUCAUUCAUGAGGAGUCCAGGCUGGGUACAAAUCAAAUGUGAACUAAGGCUUUUGGCACAGUUUGCAUUUAAUCUGUCCGUGGAUUGGGAAUUACCUGUCAGGAAAAAGAAAGCUCCUACAUACUCAAUCACAAAAUCUGUCCAGGACAUCCUUAUCAAGCAUCACUUGUUUAGUUGGGAAAUAUAAACUCAAAUUUACUUACUGUAAAAUGUGCAAUAUAGAGACCAUUUCAGGCAUAUCUACCUGUUUGAUUUAUAGGAAUAUGCUGGGCAUUUAUCACAUUGCACAGGUACAUGUAAGUGAAAAUUAACUGAUGAUCAUGAGAUUUUAGAUUCUGAAGCUACUCUCCAUUACCAAUGGCAUUGCAGCAUUUUCUUGACUUCUGAUACACGUAUACUGUACUAAAGUCAAAUUAACAAAGUAUUUUAAUGUAGUUUAAUUCAUUUAAUGUUAUAACAGAUGCAUUAUUUAUACAACAUGAUCUUUUAUUCACUGAAUAUUUCAAUGCAGGAUUUCUCCAUUCUUAUAUGAUAAAUUUGAAUAGAGCGAGAAUUUAUUUUGGAAAAAAAUAAAGAAAAUUAAACAAGUAAAUGAUUUGGUAAAGGAAACAUAAUAUUUACAAUACAAAUCAUGAUGCUUUCAACAGAGUAUUGUGUGAGUUAGCUUUCAACUUGUCUGUGGAUGGAGAAAUACUAAAGUCAGGCACGUUACAUAAAAGUCCAGGUCAAAUAUGGUGUUAUGAGAUAUGCUUAUUAAGCAUCAGCUGUUUAGCUGGGAGAUAAAAUACAUGUCAUCUGUAGAUACUGGUUAAGGCACUAACUGAUAUAUUAUCAUUAUACAUGUCAUAUUGAUAGAGGGUAUAAAGCAUAGAUAAGGCAAAAAUUCAUGUAGAGAAAUUUCUAUUCAACAGCAUUUCAAAUUUGUCAAUCUCACUUUCAAAAAAAAUUUCACACUUCAUGUAAGAUGUACUUAAUGUAGGAAGUAUGUAGCCCUGUGAUUACAAUCCAAAGUUUAUCAUUUGAUGACUACACUCAACCUUUUAGUUUUUUUUUUUCUUUGCUCAAUGUUUCUUUGGGUUAUUCAUGUUGUCAAAAAUUAAUGACUAUUAUUUCAUAGUAUAGACAUUAAAUGUCAAACCAAUUUUUGAUAUUCAAGAUUUGAAUCAAGAAAUCCUUUGAGGAAUGUUGAAUGUUGUGAUAUUAUCCUUUUGUUUUUUUGAAUGAAACAUUUUUUCCUUGUUAUUUCUGUGCUGUAAUGAAAUCCUUUCUUGUUGUAACAUUUUCUAUUUGUUGUGAAAUCCAGUCUUUGAUAUUUAAAAGAUUUUAUUUAUAUUAAGUUCUCUUUAUUUUAUACACUGUUGAGUUCUGCCAA